UUGACGAACACUAGUCAGCUGAAAGCCAUCCUGAUUUAGUUGAUUCAGUCGUGUGAAGGAGCUGAAGACAUCUGGAGUUGCUCCGAUCGAUCUUUCGAUUUGAGGUGGUUCACGUUGCGACAAACGAUUUACAUUAAAUUAUUAUUUCUCCAUGGCUAACAAUACGUCACCAGUGCAAACACCGCAAACCUUUAAGUUAGUACCAAAAAUUAUAAAUGGAGGUAUUGCAGGAAUUAUUGGAGUAUCUGUGGUAUUUCCACUGGAUUUGGUCAAAACACGAUUGCAAAAUCAAGUUAUCGGACCAAAUGGAGAAAAGAUGUAUUCAUCAAUGUUCGAUUGUUUUAAAAAGACAUACAAAGCUGAAGGAUACUUUGGAAUGUACAAAGGGUCUGGAGUAAACAUUUUGUUAAUUACACCAGAGAAAGCGAUUAAGUUGACUGCAAACGAUAUGUUUCGUCACUAUCUGUCUACUGGUCCAGGGCAACCAUUACCACUUGGGCGAGAAAUGCUCGCGGGAGGAUCAGCAGGAGCAUGUCAGAUAGUUAUAACAACACCAAUGGAAUUGCUAAAAAUUCAGAUGCAAGAUGCUGGAAGAGUAGCCGCAGCAGCUAAAGCUGCUGGUCAAGAAAUCCCAAAAAUAUCGGCAUGGUCACUAACGAAAGAACUCUUUAGGCAGAAAGGAAUUUUUGGGCUUUACCAAGGCACUGGAGCAACUGCACUUAGAGACGUUACAUUCUCUGUCAUUUAUUUCCCCCUUUUUGCUAGAUUAAAUAAUUUGGGACCAAAGAGAGAAGAUGGUUCUUCUGUGUUUUGGUGUUCAUUCCUCGCUGGUUGCGCAGCUGGUUCAACGGCAGCAUUGUCAGUAAAUCCGUUUGAUGUAGUUAAAACUAGGCUACAGGCCAUUAAGAAGGCACCUGGUGAGCCAACGUACAACGGAGUAUUAGAUUGCAUUGGUAAAACUUUGAAGAACGAAGGACCUACAGCUUUCUUUAAGGGGGGAGCUUGCAGGAUGAUCGUUAUAGCUCCAUUAUUUGGAAUUGCCCAAACGGUCUACUACCUCGGAGUUGCAGAGUACUUACUAGGACUUAAGUAAAAUCGUCCUGACUCAACGAACUUCCUACUCAGUUACAUUAGAAAGCUGACAAUAACUCCCUAUAGUAUUUUAAAGGUUCAUCCAAACGUCUUAGUAUCUCGGACCGUAUAAUCGUGAAAUUACGUUUAAUUAUUUAAUUCCACGUUGCAGCAUUGUCUGUAAGUUAUUUUAUUUCUUUAAUCAUUGCGCUGAAUCGGUUUCUUUUAAGUGUGCCAAAUCAGUUCGCACUAUAAUAUUUUACUUUUAGCAAAAUAUUCAUUUAGCCGUGGAAUUCUAUAUAUCCGUACUAUGGCAAUGCCAUCAAAAUCAUCAAUUACUGGUUGAACCAAAUGAAGUAUCUUAUAACAUACCAUAGUGUUAUUUUACAGUAAAUACGCAUGGUCAAUUAUUGUAUCUUUAGGAAAUUUACCUAGCUAGAAAACUGGCCUUAUUUAAGUCAGAAGGCAAGAUGUAUAAGGACUAGAAAAUACGAUCGUCACAGAAUUGAAAUAGUUGCAUUUUCUUUUGUGUUCCAAUUGUAUUUUAAAUAUUAUUUCUCUAUUGUAUUAGUAAGAGCAUUUACAUUGCAAUUUUUUGCUGUUACGGAGAGUAGUCUUAAAUGGAUUUAAAGAAAUAUUUACCUUUAUUGGAUAAGUACCUUAUCAUUAUUUUAUUUUGCUAAUGAUCAUUUUGUUUUAACAAUGCUUCUUAAGUAUAAAAUACUUAGAAGAAAACUUCCGACCACUGGUAUUGGACAUUUUGACCAGUAUAAUUAUUUCUCAGUGAAGCAGACCUAUUUCGUAUUACAAUACAAAAAAAAAUAACAAUGCUUCGCUGAUGUGAAUGUCACGUAGUUAAAUGCUGCGAUUAUUCAUAGAUUAUGUAAAUGUCCAUCCAACAUAAAACAAAGCUAUAUAUUUACCCUGCCGCAGAUGAGAGAUACGUCUCAAGUUUAUAUUCUAAUGUGUUCUAUAAAUCAAAUAAUCUACCGCGUAUAAAAUAGGCGGUUUAAGGUCGAAAAUGGAUUUGUAACUCCGAAUUUGGAGUAAGGAACAGAGCCUUAGUAGUAGAGCUUUUUUGAGCUGAAACUGCGAUUUUAGAUAAAUAUUCAUAUGCUUACCUCUUCAGUUUAAGAUAUAACUCAUUUGUCUGUAUUAUAUAUUUCUUGUCUGGCAAUAUGUUGUGCAAUUCUUGGUUUAUUUUAGUUGGUAUGUACAUACGUGUAAUUAUGUAAAUUAUCAUAACACUUGCGUUUCAGAGAAUUGCAACCUUGGAUGAAAUAUCACUUAUACUGCCUAAAACUUUUCUUAUAUGUAGCGAGUAAACAGUAGUGAACCUUUAUAUUCAUUGUUUCACUUGUUCGUUAUUUAGAUAUAUUUUUAGUACGCAGUGCUGUGUACAAUAUACAUAAUAUAUUUUUAAAAUGUUCAUAGUCAAUUUCAUUCUACGUGUCCUUCCACUUUUUUUACUACACGUGGAAUUGAUGCGUCAUUUUUUUUAAGAUGAUCUAUAUAGUCUAAAGGCGGCGUUACACAUUCGGCGAGUAUCGAGGAAAAAUUAAUCGAAUGCUGAAUGUAUGGCGUCGUUUUCAUAUAAAUGAAUUGUAAAAGCAUCUUGUAAUCAGAAACACUUAGAGAUAGCUUCAGAGAUAUUUUGUUCUUGAGCAAUAAUGCGAAAAGUUGUAGUCUUUUAAGUGUUAACAAAUAUUAUUACGCAUUCAUUAUUAACUUUAUCCGUGGUAGAUGGUUAAAGUGAAAUUAUUGACGAACAAAUUAUAUUUUCGCAUAAAGUGUAAGUAGGUGUAUGUAUGUAAAUAUAUACGCGUUAUUGCAUUGAUGUCAUGGAAAAAAAUGACACAGAAGUAUGUGUAAAAGUUCACCGAUAUGAAAUGAGUUUCUCAUAUCUAAAACAAAUUGUACACACGUUAAAUAAAAUCUAUAGAUGGUCAAUAAUUUAAA